CAACGAUCUUUGAGGAUGGAGUCACCUGAGAGAGGAAAAAAAGAGAACUCUCAAGAUGACACAGACCUGACAAAGGACACGAAGAGGGCCAUCCUCCAGCAGUUAAAUGAGAAAUACUCUGACCCUGCAACAGAUGACCUGCUGAACAUGGCCUCCCUCCUAGAUCCACGUUUCAAAGCAACGUACAUAGCAGAUGACAGGAAAGAAUACAUCAAAACCAAAGCUGCAGCAGAGAUUCAGUCACUGCUAGAAAGGCAGGCACCAUUCACAGAGGAGUCUCCGCAACAGACAAGAGAAGCUGCAGGAGGAGGAGCUGCAGAAGAAGCUGCAGAGACGGUGGCACCAAAGAAAGCAAAGCAAAGUCUGGGUAGCUUUUUCAAAAAGACAAAUGUUCAACAACCUGGCCCAGUUGCCCUCUCUAUCAUAGAUGCAAUUGAAGUUGAGCUCAAGAGCUACCUGCAGGCAAUGGAGGAUGAUGGUGAGGCAGAUCCACUGGAGUGGUGGAGGCUGCACCAAGCUUGGCCAGGAAGUACCUUUGUAUUCCUGCCACUUGUGCCCCUUCAGGGGGCAUUCAGAGAGGGCAUUCAGCACUGGUGGCAACAUUGUGACCUGCUACAGAUCUGCUCUGAAGCCAGAGACAGUUGGCAGACUUGUUUUCCUGGCUAAUAACCUCAGCAAUGAGGCUGGCUAAGCAAACUGGCACAAACAGCAAUGUUGACAGUAUUAUACAGAGUUACACUUGCACUGUUGUGCGUUAAGUAUAAGCAAUAAAAGACUGUAGAAGAAAUCAUGCAAUUUCCUGCAAUACUCUAACUGGAGAAGAGCAACUUACUUUGAACUAAUUUUGCGUUUUGAGAGUUUCAUUGUGCUUGAGUUGGUUGGGGGAAAGAAACCUCGUGUCCUGCUGUAUUGAAGUCAGUUUUUAUUUUCACUUUGUACAGCUUGAUUGUCUUGUAUUUUGAGAAAAAGUGUUUUUCAGAGAGGGAAGUUA